UUCUUUCAAAAAUAGUAGCCUACACUCGGUCGAGACUGCACCCGGUAACUGCACGCGAGAGGGGCAGCUAUGGAGACUGGGAAAUAUGACUUUUUACGGAAAUAAACUUCAUAACUGGAUGUUUAAACUAGAUAGGAAGACGCAAAGGACGUAAAAAAGAGGAAGCGGAGAUUUGCGUAAAAGUGUAUCCCCGUGUGUUCAUGUUAUUUGGCGACGAAUACCUACCGAAAAUAGUCCCCCCGCCAUCCAUUGAGGCCCCUCUUGCCCCGCGCAACCCCCUGACACAGAGAGGAUGGUGAGGAUGGAGGAGGGGGGACUGAGAGACCGGGGGCGAGGUCCUGGAGUCGAGAGCCGGCAGAUCCUGGUGGAGCUCGGAGAGCAGAACUUUGAUGCCAUUGUACUGUCUACAUAUCGAACAGCAUGCAAGCUGAGGUUUCUGCAGAAGAGAUGCAACUUGCAUCUGAUCGACAUAUACCAUGUGAUUGAGGCUGUGCGAGACGCUGGCCUGAAUACUGUGGAGCUACAUGCUGGUAUCUCAGUCACCCGUCUGGAGAACCUGGUCUCUUCUCUAUUUAACCAGCUCAGUAAAAGACUGCCCACCACUCACACCAUCAACCCCAGAGAGAGCACUGUGCUGCUGGUCCAGCUCAUAUUGGCCACUGUUGAUAGUGAUCCUGAAGGUCGUCUCACUGUGCUCUCGGUGAAGGCUCUCCUGGCUGUGCUUUGUGGAGGGAAACUGGUCGAUAAACUCCGCUAUGUGUUUUCUCAGGUCUCUGACUCCCAUGGAGUCCUGGUGCUACCAAAGUUUGAUAUUUUUCUGAGGGAGGUUCUGAAGCUGCCCACUGCUAUCCACGAAGGGCCGUCCUUUGGAUACAACCACAGUUCAGCACGCUCAUGUUUCCCACAACAGAAGAGGGUUAUGCUGAACAUGUUCCUGGACAUUGUCUCGGAGCCUCCCCAGUGCCUGGUGUGGCUCCCACUGAUGCACCGUAUGGCCAAUGUGGAGCAUGUGUACCACCCGGUGUCAUGCUCCUAUUGUCGAAGUAACGGGAUGACAGGGUUUCGAUACUGCUGCCUCCGUUGUCGCGGUUACCAAUUGUGUCAGAACUGUUUCUGGAGAGGCAACACCAGCGGCUCUCACAACAGACAGCACCAGAUGAAGGAGCACUCGUCUUGGAAAUCUUCAGCCUCGAAGUUUGGCCGAGCGAUUGGCAAGACUCUGGGCUGUGUGUCAUCACGAGAGCCUCCUCACCCCGUGUACCCCGAAGAACCAGAGAGAACCCUUAACCUCUCUAAUAUUGUACCUACACGACCAGUUGGAAAUGACGGUGAAGACAUGAUGCUGUCCCCUGUGCUGCCAGAAUCAUCAAAAAGUUUGUCAGCUGCUCAGAGAAUGAAUGAGGAGCAUGCCCUUAUCGCAGCUUAUGUGAACCGGCUCCAGGGCAGCCCAAGUAUGGACAGUCCAAGCCGACAAGAUGAGGAGCACAAGCUGAUUGCCCGCUACACAUCUCGUCUGGCAGAAACUGAAGGAGCAGGUAUGAUACCAAAUAGAAGCAUUAACUUUGAUGCCAACAAGCAGAAGAGGGAGCUGAUUGCCCAGUUGGAAAACAAGAACAGGGAGAUUUUGGCUGAGAUCAAGCGUCUCCGUGUCGAGCAUGACGCAGCGUGCCAUCCCAGUCCUGAUAAGGGCACCACUAACCCCACUCUACUGGCAGAACUGCGCCAACUCAGACAGAGGAAGGAUGAGCUGGAGCAGAGGAUGUCAACACUGCAGGAAAGCCGCAGGGAGCUCAUGGUGCAGCUCGAGGGACUAAUGAAACUGCUCAAGGAUGAGGAACAGCGGCAAGCAGCUCAGGCGGCUGGCUCGUCCCAUGCCUCCCCAGCGCGCCCCAGCCCAGCAGCUGCAGCGCGCUCCGUACGAUCAGCCUCUCCUCACACCCACAUGCAGCACCACCACGACUCUCUGGCCGGGGUCGGGGGAGAUGUUCAAGAGGCUUUUGCCCAGGGCCCGAGAAGGAACUUGAGGAAUGACCUUUUAGUAGCAGCUGACUCCAUCACCAACACUGUGUCGUCUCUGGUCAAAGAGCUGCACUCCGAUGAAGGUAGGGAGGAAGAGGAGAGACUCAUUAAUGGAAAGGACAGAGCAGGUUAAAUGGAUCCUGGACAAUGAAAGUACAGAGUUGAUGCAUCAUCCAAAUACUUCUCCUCUGGGGCCUGAAGUGCAGCUUUCCGGUGUCAUCCGCUGGAUAUUUUGAGCUGUUCGAUCUCUCAGCCAAUCACAAUGCUGGACACCAAACGACCCUGGGGUCUCUACUGAUGUAUAGCUGUGAUUCAGUCCUUGUCUUGUCACUGUGGUCAUCUUUUUGUUUAGUUUGAAGAAUCAUAAAGAGCCUACUGAUUUUUACUGUAAGUGUGGUCAAAGUUUAAAGGGUCAAGUAAGUCAGAGGGACUGUGAGGACAUGGAGAGGAUUAAGGAUAUGUAAAAAAGUUUGAGGAUGUUUUAAGCAAAGAGAAAAUGUAAGAAGAUGAGAGCUUAAUGAGUUGUAAUGUUUUAAUUUUUGGCACUGUGUGCUUUGUAUUUAUUGGUGUUUGAUUUGAAUGUGUUUUGCAUGUGGUCUGGCCCUGCUGAGAAUAAGCUUUUAAGGGACUAUUCCCAUUUUAUUAAAGGGGUGGUUUGGCUUUUUAACUUUGUUCAAUGAGACACUCACACUCACACACAGUUUGAGUUGUCAGUAGUUAUCAGUGGAAAAUGAAGUUAGUAUAUAAUAAUAAUAAUACAUUUCUGUAGGAUUUUCAACUUUAUAUUAUAUAGAUCAUAAACACUAAAUUCAAAUUAUUUUCUAAAUUAGAAGUUAAUUAACAUUUUUCAAACAUUAGACCUUAAAAAAACUGACUUGAUUUAACUCUCUCAGAACAAUGUUAAAAAUGUUGAACCACCACUUUAAGUAGUAGCUUAAAGGGAGACGCAGUCGUCCCAUUGUGGGUCUAAGGCCUGGUGUAGAGCUAUAGGUGCUAUAGUGUGAAGUAGCUCAGGUUUGUCCAGGCCUGUGUGUGUCGUGGUACUGCAGUGGAAGAACAAGAAUGGUUACUAUUACUAUGUGUGUGUGUGGUAGAAACUAUCCAAAAAUAUGCAGUAGAUAUUUUUCAAAAGGUCAGGGGAAGGUUUAGAAAGAAGUGUUUUUUUCUAUUUUGACUGCAACUUCAUAAAGGGAAGCAUAUUGAGGGAUCUCAAUUGGUUUUGAAUUUUAUGACAGUUACAAAAUCAUGUUAUUUAUUACUUACCAGAGUGGCACAUGUACUCUAUUCAAAAUCAGUUCGACCCAUUCGUAACCCUACCAAAAUUGAAUUUAAAAUUGAAAUCUCUCCAUUCACCAGUUGAGCAUCUCUUUUUUAUGUGAAUAACAUUUCAAUAGGUUCAAUAGGUUUGAUGCAUGACUGAAGAACAAAAGCUGUAAGAACUGA